GGUCCCCACCAGCACCCAAGCCCGCGCUCUGAGCAAGGCUUGCUAAAUUGGAUUUGUCAGGCAAUAAAAGCUCCCGGCCUGCAACUAGCAGGCUUUUUGACAGGCAGGCUUAAACUGCAUACCUGAGGCGCCUGAAGGCGGGUUCGGAUUGGGAGGUGCAGAGUCAUGGUCGGGAAGAACAGGCUUGCAAGGCGUGCUCAGUGACCCCUCGGUGUAAGGAUCUUGUGAGGAAGUAGGAGUCCACCACGGUGUACCCCGGCACUGACGCCAUGACACCGGGCCGCAGCUGAGCUCCGCAAACGGCCAUGAGGUGGACCGACCCCAUGGCCUCGCUCUGCGGACGAUGGGGGAGACGCCGGCAGGAGCAGGAGAGCACCGUGCGGACGCUGGUGUCCAACCUCCCCUACGAGGACCUGAAGAAGAGCGAGCAGCCCAAUCGGCAGUACAAAGGCAACGCCGUCAAGACCACCAAGUACACGCUGUGGUCCUUCAUCCCCAAGAACCUCUUCGAGCAGUUCCACCGCGUGGCCAACGUCUACUUUGUGUUCCUGGCCUUGCUCAACUUCGUGCCGGUGGUGAACGCCUUCCAGCCGGAGGUGGCCCUCAUCCCUAUCUGUGUCAUCUUGGCACUCACCGCCAUCAAGGACGGCUGGGAGGACUUCAGGAGGUACCAGACUGACCAGAAGCUCAACAACCUGCCAUGCCUCAUCUACAGCAGGAGAGAGAUGUGCUUCACGGAGCGCCGCUGGAAGGACGUGCGGGUGGGUGACUUUGUCAAGGUGGUCUCCAACGAGGUCAUCCCCGCCGACAUCCUCCUGCUCCACACAUCCGACCCCAACGGCGUGUGCCUGAUAGAGACGUCCAACCUGGACGGGGAGACCAACCUGAAGCAGCGCAAAGUGGUGCCAGGCUUCUCAGCGCCGGAUUCUCCUUUUAAGCCUGGUGGCUUCAAAAGCACAGUAGUCUGUCAGAAACCAAACAAUGACCUCAACCAUUUCAGUGGUUACAUAGAGAAGCCCGAUGAGAAGAAGCAUGGCUUUGGGAUUGAUAGUCUUUUAUUACGUGGAUGCACUAUACGCAAUACAGACGAAUCUACGGGGAUUGUGGUCUGUGCAGGCCACGAGACCAAGUCGAUGCUCAACAACGGCGGCGCGCGCUACAAGCGGAGCAAGCUGGAGCGGAAGCUGAACAGUGACGUGAUGUACUGCGUGCUGCUGCUCUUCACCAUGUGCACCGUCGGAGCCCUCGGUCAUGCUAUCUGGCUGGAGUCGUUCUCCAGUGUCCCUCCGUACUUGGUUCCUGACAGUGACGGCCAUUUCAUGCCCUCCACUCUGGCAGGCUUCUCCAUGUUCUUCACCAUGAUCAUCCUGCUGCAGGUGCUGAUCCCCAUCUCACUGUACGUGUCCAUUGAGCUGGUGAAGAUCGGCCAGGUGUUCUUCAUCACGCAGGACGUGGACCUGUACGACCAGGAGACGGACACCCGUAUCCAGUGCCAGUCGCUCAACAUCACCGAGGACCUGGGGCAGAUCCAGCACGUCUUCUCCGACAAGACCGGCACGCUGACCGAGAACAAGAUGGUGUUCCGCCGCUGCACCAUCAUGGCCACGGAGUACGCACACAGUGAGAAUGCUGCCCGGCUGGCCGUCCUCGACGAGACGGACGGCGCGGACGACGAGGUCACCCUGUUCCAGCAGCGGCAGAAGCAGCCCUCGCUCUUCACCACCGAGGAGGAGGAGGAGAGGGGCUCCAGGGGGGGCCGCCCAGAGGCCGCCAGACGCUCUCACGGCGCCCAGGCGGAUGUUGGCAGCUACCAGAGGUCGAAGGUCACCGCGGCGGGGGCUUGCGGAGACCUGGCCUUCAGCAGCCCCCUGGAAACGGAGGUGGUCCCAGACAGGAAGCUGCAGCAGGAGCUCCUGGAGGCCGAGCGCCGGUGGGAGGAAGGGCCCCUGGACCGGGGCCCCGAGUGGAGCCCGUACCUCGACUUCCUCGUGGCCCUCGCCAUCUGCAACACGGUGGUGGUUUCCACAGCAACAGCCCAGAGACAGAGGGUCAAAGGGCGUCGCAGCUCCUGCGCUCCUCAGACUCUAGGUGGGCGUCUGCGUGGCAUGCUGAAGAAGAUGCGUUCCCCGCGGAGCCUGUUCAAAGUGUUCACGGGCAAACAGGAGCCCCUGGCAGACCCUUUCGCCGCAGACGAGGAGCUCCCCGACAUUUUGGACACGCCCGACGUCUACGCCGCCGCGCCCGAGGGAGGGAGCCCCAAGGUGACGCAACACGAGGCGACCGCCCAUCAGGCCCAGAGGCAGAGGGCCGAGCCGGGGCCGGCGUCGGCCCACGACGACGACGUGUGCUACGAGGCCGACAGCCCCGACGAGGCGGCGUUGGUGCACGCGGCGCGGGCCUACGGCUUCACCCUCCUGGAGCGCACGCCCGAGCGCGUGACCGUCCGCCUGCCCGGCGGCACGGCCCUCGCCUACGAGGUGAUGGACGUCCUGCGGUUCGACUCCACCCGGAAGCGGAUGUCGGUGCUGCUGCGCCACCCGCGCACCGGCGAGAUCCUCCUCUACACCAAAGGAGCCGACUCCGCAGUCAUGGAGCUGCUGGACGAGCCCGCCGACGAGAGCGCGUCUCAACGGGAACUCAGGAAGCGUGUCUGCAGCAACACACAGAGACAUCUUGACAUGUAUGCCAGAGAUGGGCUGCGCACUCUGUGCUUUGCCAAAAAGGUUGUAAGUCAGAAGGAGUAUGAAGACUGGUCAUUGGCAAGAGAGCAAGCCAUAUCAGCCAUCGAGAACAGAGAGGAGCUUCUUAUGGACACUGCUGUUCUGCUGGAGACGAGCCUAACUCUGAUAGGAGCCACUGGAGUUGAAGAUCGUCUCCAGGAGAAUGUUCCAGAAACCAUCGAGGCCCUGCGGGAGGCUGGCAUGCAGGUCUGGGUGCUGACCGGGGACAAGCCCGAGACAGCCGUCAACAUCGCCUACUCCUGCAAGCUGCUGGACCACAGAGACCUGCUGUUCACUCUCAACACAGACAACAAGGCCGUGUGCAAGUCCAAUCUGGAGUGUACUCUGGAGGAGGUGAGGAGGUACGGGCCGGACGCGGACGUCGCCGGCUUCGCCGAGGCCUUCGGGGGACAGGGGCCCACGCCCCUGGGCGGGGACCCCACCAUCGGCCUGAUGAUUGACGGACGGACGCUCGGCAUGGUGCUCGAGGAGGAGGACCUGAGGUCAAAGUUCGUGGAGCUGUGCCGGCGCUGCCGCUCCGUGCUCUGUUGCCGGGUGACGCCCCUACAGAAGAGCACCGUGGUCAAGCUGGUGCGCGAGAAGCUUCGGGUCAUGACCCUUGCCAUCGGUGACGGAGCGAAUGAUGUGAACAUGAUCCAGGCCGCUGACGUUGGUAUCGGAAUAUCUGGUCAAGAGGGGAUGCAGGCUGUCAUGGCCAGCGACUUUGCGAUUUCUCGCUUCAAACACUUGAGGAAGCUGCUUCUGGUCCAUGGACACUGGUGCUAUUCCAGACUGUCAAGCAUGGUCAUCUACUUCUUCUACAAGAACUUGGCGUACGUGGCCCUGCUGUUCUGGUUCCAGUUCUACUGCGGGUUCUCUGGCACGACGAUGAUCGACUACUGGCUCUUGAUCUUCUUCAACCUCAUCUUCACCUCCGUGCCCCCAAUCAUGCACGGCAUCAUGGACCAAGACGUCUCCGCGACAACCCUGCUCUCCAUCCCCGAGUUGUACAAGAUCGGUCAGCACUCUGAGGGGUACAGACGCUCCGCCUUUUGGAUCGCCAUGUUGGAUGCCUUUUAUCAGAGCCUGGUCUGCUUCUUCAUACCAUAUUUGACCUACCAGGGCUCUGACAUCGACCUCUUCUCAUUCGGAAACCCAAUGAACACCGUGGCUCUGUUUACUAUAAUCCUACAUCUUGCCAUUGAGAUAAAUGCAUGGACGCUGGUGCACUGGCUGGUGAUGGUGGGCAGCGUGCUGCUGUUCUUCGGCGUGACGCUGGCCUACAGCGCCACCUGCGUGACCUGCAACCCGCCGUCCAACCCCUACUGGAUCAUGCACAGGCAAAUGGCCGACCCCGUGUUCCACCUCACGUGCCUCAUCACCGUCGUCGUGGCUCUGCUGCCCAAGUACAUAGUGCAGGUUCUGAAGGGAACGCUGGCGCCCCCCCCUCUGUUGCUCGCUCGGCAGCUGGACCGCACGCCCCCCUCCCUGGAGGAGCCAAUCCGGAUCAGCGCCUCGGCGGACCCACGCUUCACCCUCUCGAGCCUCUCCUCGCCCUCACCCCCAACCUCGCCCACACUGGCGUAGCCCCCACCAACCCCACACCCCUCCCCAGGCCCAUCGGCACCCAGCUUCCCCGAAAAACAGUGACAGGACUGGGCAUCAGCCGUCAGGACGAGGGCCGCCAUCCCGGAGGACAUGUCUCUGGGGCGUGGGGGAGCCCCAGGGGGAAACAGAGACCAAGUGAAGGAAGGGGAGAGAAAACACGCUGAGCGUUAUUUUUGUAUGACUUUAUUUGUUGUUGUUGUUGUUGUUGUUGUUGUUGUCUGGUAAAUAUGGAAUUGCUUUAAAUGUUUUGUACACAGGGAAAGAUGCUUUUGAAGGAUGUCUGAGCUACACUGCACAUACCACCAGAGCGCCAACUACAAUUGACUCCUUUUUUUUUUUUAACAAGGAGGCAAAAAUAUUUAUGUGUAAAGAUUAAUUUAAUUCUUGUGCCUUGUGUCAGUAUGCUGUAGCUGACACUCCAUUUAAAUGGAGUAUCCUGUUGUAUGUGUUUUAAUGCUCUAGUCUUCCUGGAUGAAGGCAUAACAAGGAAAACCUGUUACAUCCUCCUUAAGGCUUUUUCAGAAGCCACCAGUAGCUUUCAAAGCACUCCAGAAAAAAAAACAGAUCUGUCUCCAUUGAUCGAUUCAACUCAUUGCUGACACAUAAGAAAAACUUGAACAGGAAAUGCUUGGCAGAGGCAUUAGCCAUAUCCAUCUUCCUCACUUACACAGCUCCUUCUCUUCCCUCGGCAACAUGCAGAGCCAAUUUGUAUUCACUGGGGCUCCAAGCAGCUCAGGAAAUAAUUGCGGUUUGCAGAUGUUACGUAAUGUUCUGGUAUUUUUGGUUCAUGUAUCCAUAUUGGGAGCAUGUUGAGCAGGAUGGUGACAGACAAGCAACCCCCCACUCCAAUAAUAAUAAUAAUAAAAAACAUAAAAUUGAAAAAAAUAAACACCCAGGUUUCUUCCUGCUAGGAUGCGCGCGCGUGUGUGUGGUGUGUUUAUGUUGUGGGGUCGGAUGGAUUAAGUCUGCUCUGCGUUACAUUUUUAAUUGUGAGACGUCGAUACAGAUGUGCCGAGUGUGAAAUUCCACGGCCAGGCAUGAAAGAUCAUCCUCCCCUGCAUCAGAAUGCUUAAUUGUCCCGCUGACGUUGCUCUGACGCGCUUCGCACUCAAGUGCGGGAGGUCUAUGAAGAGCGUGCGGGUUUUUCUUGCAGCCAAAAGAAACAGUGUUGGUGAUGGAUUGGGAGAAGGCUCACCUUUUACGAUUUGGUCUCGCAGAAUGUAAUUGAAGUGUCCUCUGUAGCUCUGACUCUUAAUAAAAGGAGCGGGGAGGCUGCACUCUUGAGCUGA